UCUGCGCAUUAGGGGGGAAUUUGGUCGUGCGCUCGUACUCCAGCCAUUACAGUAGCCCGAGAGAGGCUGAUCUCGUGGCAGAUGGAGUAUGUAUGUGACAUUCUGUAGGUUUAUGAAUCAGUGCAUUGUGCAGGUAUGAGGUCCUCCCUGCUGGCACAUCUUCUUCUCUCCCUGCUCCUGAUAGUAGGAAGUGAUGUCACAGCGGAGGAGGUGGGCAGGAGGCCCAACAUAGUCCUGAUGAUGGUAGACGACCUGGGCAUCGGUGAUGUAGGUUGCUACGGCAAUGACACCAUCAGGACUCCUAACAUCGACAGACUCGCCUCUGAAGGGGUGAAGUUGACUCAGCACAUUGCAGCAGCUCCUCUCUGCACUCCGAGUCGGGCCGCUUUCAUGACGGGGCGUUAUCCCCUCCGCUCAGGAAUGGGCAGCUUCGGCCGUGUGCAGGUGCUGCUGUUCCUCGGAGGUUCAGGGGGGCUGCUGCCCAGUGAGACCACCUUUGCGAAGAGGCUGCAGCAGCAAGGAUACACCACCGGACUAGUGGGUAAGUGGCACUUAGGUGUAAACUGUGAACACAGAGGAGACCACUGCCACCACCCGAAUCAGCACGGCUUCAGCUACUUCUACGGCCUGCCGUUCACGCUGUUCAAUGACUGUGCGCCCGGAGAGGGGAGUGAUGUCCUGGCAGACUUUCAGCAUACAAUCCGAAGUCUCUCCAUGAUGCUUGGAGUUGGACUUCUCACACUGGUGUGUGUCCGUGUGUUUGGCCUCUUUGAAAUCAGCCUGUGGCUCCUGGUAGCACUUUUUUUUCUUGCUGUCCUGGCGACCGCUGUGUGGUAUGUGCCCUUUAAACUCCUGCCGACCUGGAACUGCAUCAUCAUGAGGAACCAAGACGUGAUCGAACAGCCAAUGACAGUGGAGACGGUGCCCCAGAGGUUGCUGGGAGAAGCACAAAAUUUUAUAAAGAGAAAUGUCGAUCAUCCGUUCCUCCUCUUUUUCUCAUUGGCCCAUAUUCACACGCCACUCUUUAAAACUCCCGCUUUUGCUGGCAAAAGUCGCCACGGACGCUACGGCGACAACCUCGAAGAAGUGGACUGGAUGAUAGGUGAAAUAACAGAGACGGUGGACUCGCUCGGCCUCGCCAACAACACUCUGAUGUACUUUACCUCAGAUCAUGGUGGACACCUCGAGGAUGCUGAUCCACUAAUUGGCCAGAAAGGAGGCUGGAACAGCAUCUACAAAGGUGGGAAGGCUAUGGGUGGCUGGGAGGGCGGGAUCAGGGUGCCAGGGAUUUUCCGCUGGCCUGGCAGACUGGCAGCUGGAAGAGUAGUGGACGAACCCACCAGUCUCAUGGACCUGUACCCAACACUGAAAUAUCUGGCCGAGGACACACAAGCAGACAGACAAUUAGAUGGUUAUAACCUGAUGCCGCUGUUGGAGGGGAGGACAGAGCGGUCAGAGCAUGAAUUCAUGUUCCACUACUGUGGAAUGCACCUGAACGCAGUACGCUGGCACCCACCUGGAAGUGACUCCAUCUUCAAGGUGCACUUUUUCACUCCCAACUUUUCUCCCCCGGGAGCCGGCGGAUGCUACGACACUAAAGUCUGCAUGUGUCAUGGAGAACACGUGACGCACCACGACCCACCGCUGCUGUAUGACCUUUUCCACGACCCCUCAGAGUCCCGCCCACUGACCGCUGAUACUGAGCCGCGAUACGCUGAAAUCCUUGAGUGGACUGCCAAAGCUGUGGAGAGACACAGAAACACCCUCACAGACAUACAGACGUCUGGUGACACCAACACAGACGCUGCUAGAGUUCAAAACCAGCUGACAUGGAGCAAGAUUCUGUGGAGGCCCUGGCUGCAGCCCUGCUGUGGGACUUUUCCAUUCUGCGGCUGCAAAGAGGACACAACGCUAAUUUAAGGGGAAAAUCCAUCAGAUAGUCACAUGAGGGUGAAAAAUACAGCUCGGGUUGGUGAAGCUCCUCUGGAAUCUGCUGCAGUGUUCUCACAUUUUCUAGAAUAACAUGAUACUGUACUUUUGUAUUGAGCAUUCAUGACUUUUAGGUGUUCAAAACAUGUGAUCUGAAACGGUUUGGACUGUUGAAUGAAUGUGAAAAAAAACUGUCCUGCUGUGUUUUUUUUGGAUUCCCAACAAGUCAUUCCUCUUAUCAAGAACGCUUUGUCUUGUGAAAAGUUUACUGUUAUUGCACAGAAUUUGAACUAACUUAAAAUUAAAACUAGUGAAGUGGCCCUGUCUGUUCUGUUGCUUGGCCUCCAAGCACCAGUAUCAUUCACCUGCAGAGCUGUAGAACCAACAUGGUUGGAGAAGCAGUUCCAAGACCAUUUUAAAGAUAUGCCUUUUAAAAACCUGAUCAGUAGCAAUAGCAAUAUGAGAGUAGGCUACUAGUUUCGGACAGUUCAUUAAGGGGCUCCCAAAAACAUGCUUGCGUGUAAAACUGUGGGUCUUGAACUGCGGUGUCUAGAAACUACGGCUCUGUAGGGAGUUGUCGUCAUCGCUGGCAGCUUUCUUUAGGAACGACUUCACACUCGACACUCAGCAAAACACACACGAGUGUGAAGUCCAGAAAGUCAAAAGACAGACUGAGGCUACCUCCUUUUCAGUUAGAUGAAGUGACCCAAAACUAAUUAAAAAUAUAGCAAAAGUAAAUAAAGACUGAACAGUGCAUUGACUGCACAGAAUUUGUUCCUCGUGCAUUAUUACACUGCACAUUUAAAGCGAAAAAGAUGCAUCGUUACUAAUAUGAAGGAAAUUUUGUUGUUUACAUGUGUAUUUUUCAUUAAAUAAAUGAUGUUUUGUCAGCUGG